GUGUGUCAAUUUGUCAAAUCAUCUUGUCAAAUGCACGGUCAAAUCAAAAAAGAUUAAAGAUCACAAAAUGAAUAAUUAAAUGGUAGUUCAAUUAACAACGCUACAAAUAUUUUGUAUACAUUGAUGAGUGUGAAAAAUUUGCUCAGUUUGCUUUCACAUACAAUUGUUGAAUUAAUUUGAAAGCUCGAAAUGUUGCGGCACUGAUUGCUGCCCUCAGGAACGGCUACGGAUUUGGGAACAAUGUUGAAGACUGGCACUUUGUUUGAUAAUGUUAUCAAAGUGACAUAAUCACGAUCCACCAUAGUUCCAUUCUAGCAGAUAAUAGUUGCUUUCUCACAAUGAUGACGUCGGAGGAAACUGACUCGUUAGGCACCAUACCGUCGGACGGACAACCCGAUGAUGCCACAGCUUCAGGGACAGAGGAGGCUCCGUCAUCGAUGGUGUCGAGCGAAACGGAGUCUGACGGCAGUGCGCUGUCGGAGGCGCCGCGGCUCGACGCGGACGCGGCGCACGAGCCCGACCGCGCCUCGCUGCACAAGGCGCUGGGGCCCCUCGCCGACGUCCGAGCUGUAGGCAGCACUUUGGCGUCCUUGGUCUCCACCAGAGGCUCGAUGUUGCCGUGGGGUCCAAACAAAGGCGCAAUGGUGCCCGCCGCAGACUCCGACGUCAGGCCCGGCGAGUUUGUGAUGCGUCUCCUCUUUACCGAGUUCACGGUUCAGGCCGAGAGGAAGAUGGAAGCUGUUAUGGCGGAACCAUUGGAGAAGCCGUUAAACAAAACGCUACAGAGAGGCGAAGAUCCUCAGCUCGAUCAAAUACUGUCCGCGUUCGGCACGGUGGCGGAGCACUGCCUGCCGUCGCUGCUGCGCGCGCUGUUCGGCUGGCUGGAGCGACAGAUGGCCGAGUCGCCGCAGCUCAGCGAGCAAGCGAAGAAGCCACACCAAGACUUGAGGAAUAAAAGCAUUAUCUACAUAGUGUCCGGCAGCGGCGCUGGUACGGAACAAGUAGAGCGCAGCUGUGAGGAGCUUCAGGCCGAGAGACGGGACUUGGCCGUCGAGUUCCUCUUCUGCCUGGCACUCAUCGAGGUGUUGAGGCAGCUACCUUUCCACCCAGGACACGAGGACCUCGUGCAAUAUAUCGAGAAUGUUGCCUUUAAGAGGUUCAAUUAUAAAGAGGGUUUGCAAUCAAACCCGAACGCCGCCAACGUCCACAUCAUAGCGGACUUGUACGCCGAGGUCAUCGGCGUGCUCGCCCAGUCGCGCUUCGCGUCCGUCAGGAAACGGUUCACUGCUGAGUUGAAGGAGCUCAAGAGCCGCGAACCGUCGCCGCAUACGACUCAAAGUAUCAUCUCACUGUUGAUGGGCAUGAAGUUCUUCCGAGUCAAGAUGGUGCCCAUCGAAGAGUUCGAGGCGUCCUUCCAGUUCCUUCAGGAGUGCGCCCAGUACUUCCUGGAGGUAAAGGAUAAGGACAUUCGGCACGCGCUGGCCGGCCUCUUCGUCGAGAUACUUGUGCCCGUCGCAGCGACUGUAAAAAACGAGGUGAACGUGCCUUGUCUGAAGAACUUCGUGGAGAUGUUGUACAGCCACACGUUGGACACCAGCACCAAGUCCAAGCACCGCCUGGCUCUGUUCCCGUUGGUCACCUGCCUGCUUUGCGUCUCACAGAAGCAGUUCUUCUUGGCCAACUGGCACUGCUUCCUCGCCAUGUGCCUCUCCCACUUGAAGAACAGAGACCCGAAGAUGUGCAGGGUCGCUCUGGAAUCGCUGUACCGCCUACUCUGGGUGUACAUGAUACGAAUCAAAUGCGAGAGCAACUCGGCGACUCAGUCUCGCCUCCAGAGCAUCGUCAACUCGCUGUUCCCCAAGGGGUCGAAAGGUGUCGUGCCUCGGGACACGCCGCUCAACAUAUUCGUGAAAAUCAUACAAUUCAUAGCGCAAGAGAGGCUAGACUUCGCCAUGCGGGAGAUCGUGUUCGACCUCCUCAUGGUCGGGAGGCAGAUUAAAAUAAUAUUGACGCCCGAAAGGAUGUCUAUCGGUCUCCGGGCGUUCCUGGUGGUGGCCGACAGUCUGCAGCAGAAGGAAGGGGAGCCGCCGAUGCCGCGCACGUCCGGCACGCUCCCUUCGGGGAACACUCUGCGAGUGAAGAAGACGUUUCUGAACAAAAUGCUGACGGACGAGACGGCGCGGUCGAUCGGGAUGAGUGCGUACUUCCCGUACGUGCGCCGCGUGCUGGUGGAGAUCCUGCGCGCGUUGGACGCGCACUACGGCCGGCCGCUGAUGCUCACCAACACGCAGAACGUCACCAAGGAGCAGGAGAUCAACACCGGCGAGAGGAAGCCGCGCAUCGAUCUGUUCAGGACGUGCGUCGCGGCCAUCCCGAGGCUGAUACCAGAAGGGAUGAGCCCGAAUGAACUGGUGGACCUUCUGUGCCGCCUCACCGUGCAUAUGGACGAAGAGCUCCGCGGCCUCUCCUUCCAGAGUCUGCAGACCCUGAUAGUGGACUUCCCGGAGUGGAGGCAGGAUGUUCUGGCUGGCUUCACUCAGUUCCUGGCUAAAGAGGUUCAGGACACAUCCCCUCAACUCGUCGAGAACGGGCUUCGGAUGCUGCUGCAGUUGGUGACCAGCUGGAAGAACGGCGAGCCCAGCGCUUCAGUGCCGUCGAAGAUCGAGCCCCUGGCCUCGGUUAUACGGGGCGCGGAGGCGUUGGGACUCGUCAUGCUCUGCCAGUGCAAGGCGUAUCCGCGACGACUGGCCGUCCAUAUCCUCAGAGAGACGAAGUACCUGCUGGAGCGGCUGCAGCUGACGCGCGACGAGCCGGCGCUGAUCGACUGCGCGGACCAGCACGCGGCGCACUGCACGGAGCGCUGCCUGGCCGUGCUGCCGCCCGCGGAGAAGCAGGCGCUGCUGGCCGCCAGCCCCAUCGACCUGGUGUGGCUCGGCGAGCGCAGCCACGCCGUGUGGACCGCGGGUCUGCAGCACGAUGACACAUCGUCUAAAAACAGUUGGAGUGGGAGUUCUACCAAUGGCGCUGAUCCUUGGGAGGUAAUCCUGUUCGGUCUCCUAGAAAGGAAUCGUGUACCGGCGCAAUGCCCCUCCACUAUCCUGCAGGCGUGGCCGAUUCUGCACGCCAGAAUACACGCACUCUACACCAUAAUUGAACCAGCACCCGUAAGCGACAACCGCGCUUCCCUUCUGUCUCGCGGCCCCGCUCUGCCGAGGAAGCCCGAGAAGGAGAGAGACGGUUACAUGCAAGUAUGGAAGUAUUACAUGACGAUGGCGUACUUGGUGGUCCCCGCCGUGCCGAGCCCCAUCAUCAGAUGUGCAAGCCCAGACUUGAGCUUGAGCUCGUCGCCGGACUCGCUGAGCGAGCGCAGCGGGGGCGAGGCGCGCGGCGCGGCGGCGUCGCCCGUGUCUCUGCACAAGCUGGCCGUGCCGCUGGCGCGCUGCGAGGUGGCCGAGGUGCGGGACGCGGCCGUCGCGGCUUGCGGACACAUCAAUCCCGACGCGCUCAAGGAUCUCUUCGAGGAGCUAGUGCCACUGCUGCGCGAGGCCGUAGACCGCAAGCAGGAGAACAUGCGGCGAAGGCGCCGCCGCGACGCCCUGCGUCUGAACCUCAACAAGAUGCUGCUCCUCAUUGCGCAGAGGAAGACCUUCGCCACUAGCUCCUACGCUCUGGAGGGCGGAGGUUUGCAUCCCAGUAUCACGGAGUACCUGGACGGAGUGCGACAGUGUCUGGAGGUGGAGGGGGACAAGGACGCUCCCGCCGCGCGCGAACAACGUCUGACGUUCGCUGACUUCGUCACUGAACUCAUCAAGAGCUUUCCGUUGGAAAUGUAUGGAUCUCUGCUGAAGCGCGAGUUGUGCAAGAGCCUGUUCGUGUUGUUCGCCGGCUGGUGCGGGCCGCUGGGCAAGCAUCUCGGCUCGCUGGUGCCGCAGCCGCAGCUGGCGCCCGAGGUGGACGACCGCCUAGACCUGGCUGCGCUCAAGGCAAUGAGCGCGCUGGUGUGCUGCGGGCCUUGCUUCGCGCCCGCCGCGCUCGCCGAGGACGGCCCGCUGUACCCGUGGCUCAGCGAAAUGCUCUCCUCCACCAACGACAAGAUAUACGAGUUGGCCCGGGAGACGAUCGUGCUUCUGCUGGACUGCAACCCGGACAUAGGUCCCUUGCUGGACUGGACGGUGGACAAAUGUUUCACGGGCUCAGAGCGCGUGGCAGACGGCUGCUUCAUGGCACUCGCUACAAUAUUCAGUGCAAGGGAGUACCCGUGCGACCACUACACGGCGAUCAUCAACGUGACGCUGAUGUGCACCGGCUGUCCGCGCGCGCCCGUCCACGAGAGCGCGCUGCAGCUGCUGCAACUCCUCGACAAGCGCUUCUUCGGCAGCGUCGGCCCGCUCCACGUCGACGACGACACCAGCUCGGAGAAGGGGCGCGGGACUCUCGACGUGCUGCUGUGCACUACCUACUGCCGCUCGCAGCUCUACCUGUCGCGCCAGCUCUCGCAGCUGCACCCCGAACUGACGAUGCCCAUGUUUUCUGAGAUCACGGCGCGGCUGCAGACGGCGCGCACAGAGGUCCGCCAGCUGCUGCUGCAGUACCUGCUGCCGUGGCUCGUCAACAUCGAGCUGCUGGACCCGAACGUGCCGCCCGCCAACCCGCUCUCCUACAUACAGUACUAUGCGGCGGAGGCGGGGCGCGCGGGGCGCCGGGAGGGACUCGGCUCCGUGGAGGCUACGGAGAUGGUCCUCAACAACCUUUUCUACAUCACCGUCAAGUUUUCCGACAACCACCCGAAGGAGAUCGAGGAGCUGUGGUCAACGCUGUGCGCCUGCUGGCCCAACAACCUCAAGGUCAUCAUCCGCUACCUCAUCAUCGUGUCUGGGAUGGCGCCCAAUGAGUUGCUGCCCUAUGCGAAACGAGUGGUUCUGUACCUCGCGCGCUCGCGACCCGAACGUCUACUGGACGAGAUGAUGACAGAGCUGCAGACCGUGGAGACGCUGAACUGCCUCAUCGAGAGGACGGAGACUCCGCCCUUCUACCGGCUCACCUCCAUGCGUAAGGCCACGUCCGGGCACAGCGACGGCCCGGGCACCGGCUCUCAGGAUGCGACCGGCCGGACCGGCGAGCUUGCGCUGGUCGAAAAAGGCACCAUCCACACUAAGCGUCACAGCGGGGAAGACCCGGCCAAAGCCUCCGCGAAGGCCGAGCCGCCGCGCGCGCCGGACAAGCGCGCGUCGGCGCCGCCCUGCGUCACGCCGCCCGCCGAGGAGGAGCCGCUGCCGCCAUCUGACGGCGACGCCACCCCCACAGGGAUGUGCAGCGAGUCGGCGGGCGGCGGCAGCGCGCCGGGCACGCCGCUGGAGGCGCGCGUGGACGUGUCGCAGCCGCGCCCGCUGCCCAUGCCCGAGUACGGCGGCUUCUUCGCGCUGCUCACGGAGUACCUGCCCGACACCAACCAGCCCGUGUCCGGCUUCCAUCGCUGCAACGUGGCGGUGAUGCUGCUCUGCGACGUGGUGCUGGACGGCGUGGAGCUGGACUGGUCCAUCCACGUGCCGCUCAUGCUGCACAUCGUGUUCCUGGGCAUGGAUCACACCAGAUGGAUAGUCCACCAGCACUGCCGGCAGCUGCUGCUGAACCUGCUGGUGGCGGUGGCGGCGCACCACGACCACCUGACGGUGGCGCGCGUGCUGCUGGCGGCGCGCUCGGCGCAGCUCGGCCUGGGCCUGCCGCCGCCGCCGCUGCCGCUCGUCGUGCACAACUUCACGGAGCCUGACGCGGUGUUCGACAGCUAUCCGCAGUGCGGGCACUCGCCGCGCUCGCACGCGCGCUCGCUCUCCUCCGACCCACAAGUCACUCCAGACGGCGAGGCGGACAAGUAUCCGUCGCUGCCGGUGAUCGUGACGGGCGAAGCGGAGGCGGAGGCGGAGGCGGAGGCGGAGCCGCAGGUGGCGGAGCUGCCCGUGGCCGACGCCAUCAAGUCGCUGGUGCACUUCCUGGCCGGCCGGCCGUCGCACAUGCCGCUGUGGCAGUACGAGGACAUCACCGCCAAAGUGUGGGCGCUCCGCAGCUGCCAGCAGAUGGCGACGCUGCUGCGGCACACGCUGCGGAUAUUCCGCGAGUCGCUGCCGCACGCGCUCAUCUCGGAGCGCUGGGCGCAGACGGCGCUGCAGCUGGGCCUGUCGUGCCCCUCCCGCCACUACGCGGGCAGGUCGCUGCAGGUGUUCCGUUUCAUCGGCGUGGCCAUGACGGGGCGCAUGGUGUCGGACAUCCUGUCGCGGCUGGUGGAGACGGUGGCGGAGCAGGGCGAGGACAUGCAGGGCUACGUGACGGAGCUGCUGCUCACGCUGGAGGCGGCCGUGGACUCGCUCGAGUCCAACUUCCGCCCGCUCGACUACAUGCGCGACAUAUUCAAGUCCACGCCCAACCUGAACAACAAGGACGGCGGCCCGCAGCCCAACGGCGCCGCCUACUCCGCGGCGGGCAAGCGGUCGCCGGGCGUGUGCGUCGGCUGCGUGAGCAACCACACGCGCAGCACGAGCUACUCCGUGUCGUACUGCAUGCGCAAGACCAACCCCACCGCUGACAAACAGCCGCACGAGACACGUCCGCGAGUGUGCGAGCCGGCGAAGGGUGUGUGCUCCAACCUUUGCCGCUCGCGUUCGGCGCAGUCGCUCAAACUGCUCGGUGACUCCGCUACGCAGGACGACAAACUGACGAUCCUGGCGACACUGUUCUGGGUGGGAGCGUCUCUUCUGGAGUCGGACUACGAGCACGAGUUUCUAUUGGGUGUCCGCCUGCUGUCGCGAGUCAUGGCCCGACUGCCGCUGGACCGGCCCGACGCGCGGGAACGUUUGGACCGCACUCAGGCGCACGGAACGCACGGACCGUCCUCGCUCCACUCAUUGUUGCUCAAGGGCUGCACGCACCCGAACACGUACGAGCCGGUGGUGAACGUGCUGGUGGACACCAUCCCGCUGCUGGAGCUGCCGGUCAUCGACCCCACGCAGUCGCUGGCCUUCCCCAUGACGGUGGUGGCGCUGCUGCCCUACAUGCUGCUGCACUACGAGGACGCCAACGAGCUGUGCGUGCGCGCCGCAAGGCACAUCGCGCAGUUCACAUCGGAGAAGAGCAAGAAACUGGAGAACCUCGGCACCGUGAUGACUCUGUACUCGCGGCGAACGUUCAGCAAGGAGAGCUUCCAGUGGACCAAGUGCGUGGUGAAGUACCUCUGGGACACCUACUCGCACCUCUCGCUGCAGAUGCUGGCGUUCCUCGUCGAAGUUCUGGAGAAGGGUGCGGUGAACCUGCAGCUGCCCGUGCUGUCGAUCCUGCACUGCAUGCUGUACUACGCGGAGCUGAACGCGCCGGCCGCGCAGCCUGUCAACGCGGACUUGCUGCGAGCGGUUGCCAAAUUUAUUGACCAAGACAGCAACAACUACAAGGAAGCCAUGAAGAUCCUCAAGCUGGUGGUGACGCGCUGCUCCACGCUGGUGGUGCCGCCGCACUGGGAGCACACGUCCUCCGUGCUCGACACCGACUCGCACGGGAAGAAGGAGCUGCCCGGACGCACGAUGGACUUUACGUUCGACCUGUCGCAAACGCCCGUGAUUGGACGCAAAUACCUGCCCAAGAGCGGCAGUCAGCCCGCCACCGGACCUAGCUCGCUGUCCAACGCGUCCAGUGCCACCCCAGACAAAGGUUCGUCGACGUCGGGCUCGGCGUCCACCGUGGUGGGCGCGGAAGCGAGCGGCGCCAAUGCGACACAGGCCCACAGCGCCGCGUCGCCGCGACGGUCGCUGUCGCUGUCGCCGGCCGACGCGCAGGCCGCCGGCUGGAAACGCCCUUGGAUGUCGCAGAGUCGAGUGCGCGAAUGCCUCGUCAAUCUCCUGACAACGUGCGGGCAACGCGUCGGCUUGCCCAAAAGCCCUUCUGUGAUCUUCAGUCAGAGCUCUGAGUUGUUGGAGAGGGAGUCCUCGAUGGCGUCCUCGCUCGAAGAGGUCUCCGGCACUCCCGGCAACGAGCCGUCAGGAGGAGCGCCGCCCACCGACCACUUCGGAGUGUUCAAGGACUUCGACUUUUUGGAGUACGAAAGCGAGAGUAUUGAGGGUGAAAGUUCGGACAACUUCAACUGGGGCGUGCGGCGGCGCCUGCUCAGCGAGGAGCGGGAGGAGGGCGGCGUGCUGGAGCGCUCGCCGCCACCGCACCGCGCCAAGCACGACCACGACGCGCACCACCACUCCAAGACCGGACACGAGGACUCAUCAGAUGAAGAGGCCGGUUGGGAAGAGGGCGGCGCGCGGGGAGAGGGCGGGGACGGUGACGCAGGCUCGGCGCACGAGCUCGCGCUCAGGGCUCGAGCGCACUCCCUCUCUAGCGCCUCCAGUGGCGAGCCUGAUGCAGGUGAACGCGGCGAUGUGACACCGGUGCCGAGCGCGGCGGUCGGGCCGGUGCGGGACUCGUGGCGCUGCUCCGUGGCGGCGCUGCUGCGCCACGCGGCGCACGCGCCGCCCAUGGCGCUGGUGCACCGACUGCACACAGUACUCAAGGAGGUGACGUCGAAGACCAUCUCGGUGUGCGGGUCGGGCGCGCUGGUGGGGGGCGCGGGCGGCGCGGGCGAGCUGGCGGCCGUGCUGGAGCGGCUGGGCGCGGAGGAGCCGCCGCUGCUGUGGGCGGGCCCGGCGGCCGCCGACUGCGCGCGCGUGCGGGACGCCGUGCGCUACGCCGCGCUCGAGAUCAACGAGCACCUCGAGACGUACUUCGACCGGCGGGAGCACGCGCUCGAGACGUUGGAGCUAUCUCGCAGUGCGGAAGAGACAGGACGCUGUCUGUACAAGCUGAUCUUCCAACUUCUGUUGCUACUGGAAACGAACAACAAAAUGGUAGUGGCCGUCUACCACGCUGCCCUAGACAAUCGGGGUGUGGAGAUGAGUGGCGCGGUGACGCCGGUGCGGGCGGCGCUGGUGGCCCACCUCAGCGACUCGUGGGCCGAACACUCGCCCGCGCCGCACGACGACGCGCGCCUGUUGCAUCUCAUGCAGCGACAGAGGUGGGGAGCUGCUCUCGCAUUGGUGCGCGACCGCAACGCUGAACGUAUUUUGGAGCGCGGCGAGCUGCCCGAGGAUGACGUCACUAGCUUACUCCACGUCUACUGCAAGGGACUCGCGCAGGCGCAGCCCGAUAUGGUGGCGAUCACCCGACCUGUGAACGAGCUGUCGCAGAACCUCUCCUUCAUGAUGGAGAGCCUGUACAAGGUGUCGGUGUCGCUGCAGCAGCUGGGCUGAUGCCGCGCCCGCCCCGCGCCGCGCCCGCGUCCGCGCCCGCGCCCGCUCCGCUACUACAACAUCGACAUAUGAACAUCGCCGUCACUCGCACCGCUCCGAUGACCAAACUUCAUAGUGACAUCGAGUAAGGGGCAUUGCCCGUUUCGUUAAAAAAUUUUGAUCUCUUUGGGACUUUUUUAUCCGAUGUUGUAUUUUAAAGACGAUAGGUAUUGUAUUCUUUCGUUUCAAUUAUAAGUGGUAUACAUAAAAAAAUAAAUAAACGACGUGCGACGUGAAAUGAACUUUUUUUGAGUUGAGGCGUUUUUUUUAUAUUGUUAUAGCUUCAGCGAUGAAGUUACUAACGGCAUGUAUCUUUGUACAGAAUCGUUUCAUCGAAAUAUUAUUAUUACUUUACUUUAAUUCUUUGUAAUAUUAACGUUCCUAUUAUGAUUAUUUAUUGCGUUUCGUUUAAUCAGCCUCAGCCGUGUUUCAUUAGUUUGUAAAAUUCAUAUUCUUCGUAAAAGUUUCACGAAAAUUAAUAUUUAAGUUUUUUUGUUUUUUAUUGCACAUGUCAUGACAAAACAUAAAUAAUACGUACAGAUGUGUUCGGACAUAUUUAGUUGCUCGAGCGAUCUCGAAAUAUCAAUCAGAGCAGACGAUCAAAGUGGCGUGCGCUUUUAUGUUAGAGGUAUGAAAGAAGAAGAAUAUUUAAAUGUUAUAUUGCACCAGAUUCCAAACACAAGAAUUAAUAACAGGACUACUCGUAGAUCAAUAAAGCCGUUUAAAAGUGUACAGACGUACGAAAUAAAUGGAUAUCUCAUCAGAGGUUCUGUAUCAGACAUACUGAUUGGCUGUAAUACUUGAUGAUGCUCAUAGAUGAAAUAAAAGAAAAUAAAAUGAAUUUCAGUGUCUAAAUUAUUUGUUAUUUAAUUUUAUACUUCAAUACUAUCAAACACUAAUAUAUAUUAGUUUUAAUUGAUAACAUUAAAUGAAAUUCAGUAUUUAAUAUAUCGUUAUUAAUUUUGGAAAGGAAUUUUGUUCCAACCAGACAUAUGGGAAAUUCAUAGACCCAGAGGGCCUUUGUUUUUUUCGUAGUUACAGUACGGAUUAGGAAAGCAGAAUCUCACAGUAACGUUGAUGGCCAAAAUCAUAGCAUAUCAUAGCAGUCUCUUAAAGGGAUCAUUUUCAUAUUCAGAGACUCAGAUUCAUAAGUUCGUCAAUGAAACGAUUUUUACGACCUAGUACAUGUGUUUUAUUUAACACAUUGCUUAUACUUGCAUAUCUAGAAGUUUAAAGUUACUCGAAGUACAGUCAUCACAAUUUAUCAUCCGGACAGGUACAUCACGACACGUAUUAUAGUAAUCGUCGAUCUACAACUAUAAUAAUAAUUUAAUCUAUUAAUUAGUAAAUUUACUAUAACGUUUCUCAAACAAAUGUACGAAUUUUAUAAUGUACAUUGUACAGUCAGCAGAUCUUUACUUAAUGUUUAUUUAUCGAUAUUUGUGCCCCGGUUGUUUAUCUUACUAAAUAUCAGUUGAAAUGAUGCAUUUUUUCUGCACUAUUUGUUGUGUAAAAAGUAAGUUUAUAAAUACUAGUACGUGCGGUUUUAAUUAAGUUCCUAUGUUUUUGUUUAUUUUUUAAUGUGGUUCUUUAGUUAAUCGGGUACGUUGUAAAAAAAAUAUUCAAAAUUGUUUUGCUGAGUGUACGGACUGUAAUGUUAUUAUAUUGAACUCUGAGCUUAUAUGUAUUAUUAAACCAAAAAUAUUUAUCUCAAAUAAGAGUAUACGUAAGUCUUUACAUAAGUCGUUUAUUUAUUGAACCGUGUAUAGUAAGUGUCAAGUAAAAUGAACAUUCAGCUGAUUGCAUAGAUUUUAGAUGAUAGGGUUCAAAUUUGAACAUUAGUUGCGUAAGUUGUUAAGUAACACAAUGUGUUGACACACUCAUUGUCAAAAUCAAUAACCGCUCAUCCAAUCUUUUAUUAUACAAAAUUGCUUUUCAGCGUCAUUUUACGUGACAUUUAAGAGUACAAUUUAUAAAUGUCGUAUUAUAAAAUGUGUUGUUGUUUGUAUAACUUAUUUAUCGCAAUGAAUUAAAGCCGUUCGCACAUAUGUCGAGUGCGGUGCGGCGGUAUUACCGGAGCAGUCUAAUGUGCGACGGUUGUACUAUUUGUAAUACAUUAUUGGUGUCUGUAUCACAUUUACACACAUUUCAACGUAUGUUAAAGUCUGGCCAGAAAUAUAAAAAAAAACUUGAGUGAGAGUGCCACAAGUAUUUUUAACAGUCUGGGCUUAGUUUGUUGGUAGAAGAAAUUAUCUUUUUCCACAAUAUAGUGUCGUUUUUCAUUUUUCUGGUCAGACUGUACAAUUGUAAAUUAGAAUGUAUGUUAGAAAUAUACUUACCAUUUUAUUAUUCGUCCUAUAUCAUGUAUUACGACACACAAUAGGUUAGUAAAAUUAAUAAAAACUUUUUUAUUUAUCACAAUUAUAUGUAACGGCUAAAAAUUUCUAUUUUACUCUACAUUUGAGUAAGUAAUUGUAAAAUUACUGCUAAAUUCAAUUUUUUGUUUGUAAACUCGCCACCGAAAAGAGAUACUCAAGUUUAGUGAGUCGCAGUUAGUUCACUACGUACCGAGCUGCUGUGUCCGCAUCACCGUUUACAUACGCUUUUAUUUUAUUAAUGUCCGUAUAUUAAGAGAAUAUUUUCCUAAUCGAUAAGCUCUCAAAAUAAAGCUGAUGGCACAUCUGAUUGCGCCGAGCUCCAAUUACAUUUUUUCCUAAAUCCUUAAAGAAGCAAAGUAUCCACGCCUAUUUCAAUCCCAUUUAUAAUUGACUGAUGAGCACUAGUUAUGCGGUCAGAUGUGCGAACAUCUUUAACAAACACAAUCUAUUAUAGAUUAGUAUAAACUUAUCACUAAGACAUCACUAUGAAUUUCGUAUAGAGCUCGUGGGCACAGAAGGAGAAUUAAUUCACCUUUACGAUUAUUCUCGACGUAUGUUACACUAUUUUUCUAUAAAAUUAAAAUUUAUCUAAUCUGAAUAUCAUUCAAAUGUCGUCUAUCACACAAUUAUACAAUUUUGCAGAUUUGUAUAUUGAUGUUAAAAAUACAUACACUAUUUCUCGUGGUUUUUAGUUUUUUACAUUGUGUUAAGACACGACUAGGGUAUACUGUCUCUAACGUUGUACAUGGUGGGCGAACCUCUAGCUGAGGCGGCGGUUCCUUGUUCAAUCUGCGAAGACGCAGUGACGCAAAUUGUAUCCCUGCAAGCCACGCAGUGCGGGGUAGCAACAGGUCAAGAGCAGAGUAUGGGCAGAUGAUACACUAGCCGCUAGCUGAACACAAACAUAACGGAGGAUUGGAAUGACCUUGAACUUUUGUCCUAUCGAUUGGAGCCUCCGCCUACACGCUUCCGCCCACGCGCCGCCGCGUUCCCGGUGCCUGCGCGUUUGUUUAACCGAGUCUUCUGUAACGAUUCAUAUUAAGCGUUGUUAUAUUUACAAGAUCUAAGGUAUAUUUGAAACUAUAGAGUUGGGUGUUGGAAAAUUGGAUCGUUACAAAAAUGUCAUCUCACUUUGAUAACUUUAAAACUAUUUGUCUUAUAUAAAAAUAGUACCGAUGCCUAAUAAGCGGAUGGAAUCAACGUUUUUGACAAUGUUUCUUGUUAAAUCCUCAUCUUAUUAUUAAAUUGUAUUACUAAAACGCCUGAUGAAAAUUUCGCAUCCUUAUACAAUCCAUGUACGAUAAUUUUAUGGUCCUUAGAACCGGUUCUAUAAUUUGCAAAAGAAAAGGAAGUUUUAGGAAAAAGGAUACCGAUGUUGACCAUGUUCUCGUCCCCGCUAAAGGCCGGCGCAUGCAUUAGACAGGGCAGAGGAACAAAUUAAUUUCAAUAGGCAUUAGUCAGGACCAAAAGUGGCAGUCCUUCUUUCAGUUUCUUUCAGUUGGUGCUAACUUGCUACAAUUCCUUAGUGUGAUGGAAAACUAGGUGCCCUUAAUGAGUGGUCACUCUAACUUUCGCGCACGUACUCGUAUAGAGUUUGCGUUAUUUACUGAUUUUCGGCGCAAAAGCGCCAAGCCUGAGCAAUCAAUUUUACAAAAACUAGACAAAUGAAUAUAUACUAAAGCUUGGGAAGCGUAUAAUGUGUUUGGAGGCAGGUAAGAUACUAUCAUAUUCAAGUUUCCUAAAAAAGGGGCAAAUAUAUGCAAUAACGCACGAGAUUUUCACAUCCGACUAUUUUUUUAAACAUUGGAUAUAAUUUUACCAUAUUUUCAUGUAGAAUUCUUGUAGUUUCCUACUAUAGGCAACCGACAUUCAUAUAUGCUAUUAAUGCUUGCUCACCACUCUUGUAAAUGUUUUGUUUAUAUUCGUAGAAGGUAAAUUAGUUCCAACAAUUGUGUAUAACUUUAUCUAAUAAUAUCAAUGUAUGUUUUCCAUAUCAUAAAAGUUUAAACUCUGUCUGUGCAGAGAUAGUUUAAAAAAAAUAGUGUUUAGAAUAAUUAGUGUAUUGAUCGUACUUUACUGACGAUUGCACACGACGCACUGUUACUUGUACUAAUGUGGAUGAAUUCUCCAUGAAGUUGUUAUAACUUUGUAUGUCGAAUACUCGUAGAACCAUUGCUUUUCCAAUAUUAACUUUAACGGUGCAAUGCGAUACACUCAAUUAUUUAUUACUAGCUGACGCCGCGCUGUUUCACUCGCUCGGUUCCCGUUCCUGAAGGAAUACGGGCAUAAUAUACAACCUCCUCCUUCCUCGAUAAAUGGGCUAUCUAACACUGAAAGAAUUUUUCAAAUCAGACCAGUAGUUCCUGAGAUUAGCGCGUUCAAUCAAACAAACAAACAAAUUCUUCAGCUUUAUAAUAUUAGUAUAGAUUCAGUAACUGAUCUCAACGACUUCCCACGUCGAAGGAAAGGAAUAUUCGAGAAUAAUAGUUUCCGAGUAAUAUGCUAGUACCUUAGUAGCUAGGGGUGUUUGCUAUUCCUGUAAACGAGGGAUAUUGGAAUCAAUACAGCGGCGCGUGCGCGUCGAACGUUGCGCCCACACGCUUCGCCCGCGUCCUUCGCCCACACGCUUGCUUUGUCUACUUCAUUUGUUUCGAUUGUUUAGUUUAUAUGAACUCGAAGUCGUCGCCCAAUUUAUGUUGAGCCCUGAAACGUGUGCUCCCGAACUGUUGGCAUGGCAGCUCUCCCAUAAUCACCCCUAGCCGCGCUAAAGGCCUAUCUGGGGCAGAGGGUAGAAAUGCGAUUAAAUUCACUCAUUUCUAUUAUUAUUGUUUUCGUAGAACAAAAAAAUAGUAGGUACUUAUAAUAAUCAAAAUGAAAUUAUUAUACAUGGAAGAUAGUUAAAUAUUAUGACAUGGAGUAAUUUUCAAGAAUAAAUAUUAUAGUGGUACUAAACCAGAAUAAAUAGCCACUCCAGACGUUGUGAUUGGUGACAGGUAUACCCGAAACAUUAAUAAUGAAUUACCAAAAAAAUCUGAAUAGUUAAUUUCGCCGACGCUUGGUUUGUCUCAUUAAAUUCAUGACACUAUCUCGAAUACUAUUUAUUUUACAAAAAGAUUUAGAGUAAGGAGGUUUUCUUUGUGUAUGGUCUCUAUAGUCGAUCUGUAUGUUAUUUAGUAAAAUGUUUAGUUUUCCUGCUUUCUGAAGACGGUUUCACUUUUUAUGUAGUAAGUAGUAGGCAGGUGCGUUGGUUUGUAAAACUUGGGAGCAUUAGCAAACAUAUAUUAUUAAAUUGUUAUCAAAUGCCUGUAAGUGUCUGCUGUGUUGACGUUCCUUCACGUUACAUAUAAACGCGUUAGUGCUUAUAUCGUGCGAUAUAGCAUGGUGCGGGUGACUUUCCACUCUUGAAAAUUUGUCGCGAUUCACGAUAUUAGUACCUGCGUAUUAUGAACGUCAUUAGGCAACUGUCAUCUGCACCAUGCUACAGCGCACAUAGUACAACUUAUGCAUAAGACGAGCAAACCAUCUUCUGGGAAUAGAAGAGCUUUAGUAGCUUGUUUGUGUAUUAGAAUCAUUUUGUGCUCUGUUACCGACUAGCGUCUAUGAGUCAAUUUAAUUACUCUGUUGUUGUACUGUGAAAUGCAUAACUAAUUUAUUGAACCACUUUUCAAAAUUAUGAUUUUAUUUUAAUAUGUUUCCCCGUUACUAAUUACUAUUAUAUUAUUUAGUUAAUUGUUAGUUUAAUAGAAUGUCAAGCGCGCCACGAGCUUAGUCAGGCGAUAUAAAUACUAACAUUUGUAACCAAUUGUACAUGUAUUUGAAAUAAACUCUCCUUUUUAU